AUAGAUAUAACCCACAGAAACAAAAGCACUUUGGAGUUUGCAACAAUUUGAGAACCCCUGAUCAAUACGAAACAAAGGACUUCAGGCCUGACUCCUGGCAGGUUUAACACGGUCCCAGGCCCUCUGGGGAGCCCCCAACUGCGGCCCGCUCCACUGAUACCCAGACCGGGUGUACCCCGAUGAGAAUCCUCACGAAUAUGAACAGAUAUUGACGAAAGGGCAGGGUUGCUGACGUAAGAGAGCCGAGAAGUGCAGCUUCACUGCGCACGCUAUACUAUGUAGCUGAAAAGCUAAAAGAUUUUUAGCGAAUCUUUGCGACACUGUCGCGUUUCGUUGGUUCCGUGCCGUAAAGACAGCGGCGGAGCCGCCCCCGGUGAAGACAGCUGACGUGCGCGGCAAUGGCGGAUAUGGAGGAUUUAUUCGGGAGCGACGCCGACAGCGAUGCUGAGCGUAAAGAUUCUGAUUCUGGAUCAGGCUCAGAUUCUGAUCAAGAGAAUGUUGCUUCUGGCAGUAAUGCCUCUGGAAGUGAAAGUGAUCAAGAUGAAAGAGAUGACUCAGGAAAACCAAGUAAUAAGGAACUGUUUGGAGAUGACAGUGAGGAUGAGGGAGCUUCUCAUCAUAGUGGGAGUGAUAAUCACUCUGAAGGAUCAGACAAUAGAUCAGAAGCUUCUGAGCGUUCUGACCAUGAAGACAAUGAUCCCUCAGAUGUAGAUCAGCACAGUGGAUCAGAAGCCCACAAUGACGAUGACGAUGAAGGUCAUAGAUCAGAUGGAGGGAGCCAUCACUCAGAAGCGGAAGGUUCUGAAAAAGCACAUUCAGAUGAUGAAAAAUGGUGCAGAGAAGAUAAAAGUGACCAGUCAGAUGAUGAAAAGAUACAAAAUUCUGAUGAUGAGGAGAGGGCACAAGGAUCUGAUGAAGAUAAACUGCAGAAUUCUGAUGAUGAUGAGAAAAUGCAGAACACAGAUGAUGAGGAGAGGCCUCAGCUUUCAGAUGAUGAGAGACAACAACUGUCUGAGGAGGAGAAGGCUAAUUCUGAUGAUGAACGGCCAGCAGCUUCUGAUAAUGAUGACGAGAAACAGAAUUCUGAUGAUGAAGAGCGGCCACAGAUGUCUGAUGAGGAGAAAAUGCAAAAUUCUGAUGACGAAAGGCCACAGGCCUCGGAUGAAGAACACAGGCAUUCAGAUGAUGAAGAGGAACAAGACCAUAAGUCAGAAUCUGCAAGAGGCAGUGAUAGUGAAGAUGAAGUUUUACGAAUGAAACGCAAGAAUGCAAUUGCAUCUGAUUCAGAAGCAGAUAGUGACACUGAGGUACCAAAAGAUAAUAGUGGAACCAUGGAUCUCUUUGGAGGUGCAGAUGAUAUAUCUUCAGGGAGUGAUGGGGAAGAUAAACCACCCACUCCAGGACAGCCUGUUGAUGAAAAUGGAUUGCCUCAGGAUCAACAGGAGGAGGAGCCAAUUCCUGAGACCAGAAUAGAAGUAGAAAUACCCAAAGUAAACACUGAUUUAGGAAAUGACUUGUAUUUUGUUAAGCUGCCCAACUUUCUCAGUGUAGAGCCCAGACCUUUUGAUCCUCAAUAUUAUGAAGAUGAAUUUGAAGAUGAGGAAAUGCUGGAUGAAGAAGGUAGAACCAGGUUAAAAUUAAAGGUAGAAAAUACUAUAAGAUGGAGGAUACGCCGGGAUGAAGAAGGAAAUGAAAUUAAAGAAAGCAAUGCUCGGAUAGUCAAGUGGUCCGAUGGAAGCAUGUCCCUGCAUUUAGGCAAUGAGGUGUUUGAUGUUUACAAGGCUCCACUGCAGGGCGAUCACAACCACCUUUUUAUAAGACAAGGUACCGGUCUACAGGGACAAGCCGUCUUUAAAACCAAACUCACAUUCAGACCUCACUCUACAGACAGUGCCACACAUAGAAAGAUGACCCUGUCACUUGCAGAUAGAUGUUCAAAGACACAGAAGAUUAGAAUCUUACCAAUGGCUGGUCGUGACCCUGAAUGCCAGCGCACAGAGAUGAUUAAGAAAGAAGAAGAACGUUUGAGGGCUUCUAUUCGUAGGGAAUCUCAGCAGCGCCGCAUGAGAGAGAAACAGCACCAGCGGGGGCUGAGUGCUAGCUACCUAGAACCUGAUCGAUAUGAUGAAGAGGAGGAAGGUGAGGAGUCCAUCAGCUUGGCUGCCAUUAAAAACCGGUACAAAGGGGGCAUUCGAGAGGAACGAGCCAGAAUCUAUUCAUCAGACAGUGAUGAGGGAUCAGAAGAAGAUAAGGCUCAAAGAUUACUCAAAGCAAAGAAACUCACCAGUGAUGAGGAAGGUGAGCCUUCUGGAAAGAGAAAAGCAGAAGAUGAUGAUAAAGCAAAUAAAAAGCACAAGAAGUACGUGAUCAGUGACGAAGAGGAAGAAGAUGAUGAUUGAAGUAGAAAAUGUGAGAACUUUAUGUAUUUUAUUGUACAGUUUGUUUUAUAAAUAUGAUGUAAACAUGAAUUAUUUUGACUGAAAUAAAUUGAUUUGCUUUUGAGUAACUUUAAUUGUAAUAAAAAAAUUUAAAAAGCA